AUGUAUUGGUGUCGCCUGUGGGAUUGUGACCUUCCACCGACAGUGGCACGGCCGCGUCGAGUAUCUGUGUCUACAAAAAGCUCCCUUAUUUACUUGACAAAUACGAGCGUAGUGGGACCAGUGGGCAAGAUCACAAGAUGUCUUGCGGACGUGACCAAUUGGACCGGAUGCACGGCCGUGACCGGAAGUCCCCCUUUCAUCUCAAAAUGGCCGCGUCGAAUCUGCAAGCUGUACGCAGCGCUGGGUCGUCGCGGUGGUCGUGUAGUAGGCAGUGACCUGCAGAGUGGCUCCGCAUCAUUCAGGGUACAGGCUCUACUGCCCGUCGCUGAGAGCUUCAAGUUUGCACUGGAGUUGAGGACUCACACGUCUGGACUCGCUGCUCCUCAGAUGUUGUUCAGUCAUUGGGAGGUGAUUGACAUCGAUCCAUUCUGGAAGCCGCGUACUGAGGAGGAGUACUUGCAUUGGGGAGAGAAAUGGGACGGAGUGAACAGAGCCAAGGCCUACAUGGAUUCAGUCAGGGCUCGCAAGGGGCUGGCUACGGACAAACAGCUUGUACAACACGCUGAGAAACAGAGAACACUGUCUAAAAACAAAUAA